AUGCUUAGGGGCAUCAAGGUAUUGGGCUUGGCUCAUGUGCUGAAGAUUGAAAGCGUGUCCUCCCGAUCGGCAGCAUCAGUAGUUUCGCCUUUAGUUAAGAAAUAUUAUCCAUACAUCGGGAACCGGGAAAUUGUUGGGUUUGGUCGAAAUGGGAACCCUCAAUAUUUAGACGACCCACACUUUCCCUAUCCCUCUAUCCGUUUUAGAGAAAAUGACGAUAUAUUUGAAGCCUUGAGGAAGAAGGAGCAGGAUGAUUGGAAAAAACUAACCAUCGAUGAAAAGAAGCAGCUCUAUCGUUACAGCUUCCGCAUGACUCUAGCCGAGACUAUGGCUCCACAUCCACGUUGGAAGUUGGGCGUUGCUUGGGCCUGUUUUGUAAUGUCCGUCGCUAUGCUUUACCUUUCUUUUCUUAAAGCCUAUAUUUUGGACUUGCCAUCAAUGAAAUACGCUCAGAGGGACUAUAAAGAAGCUUUACUCUACAGACGCUUGUACAGCCGAGAUGGUCCAAUUGACGGCUUAUUUCUUCGGGGUCCACUCGUUCUAACGGCUUCCCGCCGUCCACUUGCAACCCAAGCUGAAACGAGAUUAAGGGCCCUGCUGAGGACUCGUUUCCCGAAGGCGGUGGCUAUUGAAGUUACCGAUGUGGGUGGUGGAUGCGGGGCGAUGUACCAGAUAUUCGUAAAAUCAAAAGAGUUUUCCGGCAUGUCAAUUCUAGCCCAGCAUCGGUCUGUGAAGGAGGCUUUGAACCAAGAAAUCAAGUCAAUGCACGGCCUCACAAUUGUGACGGAGGAGUGA